GGCAGUUCCCUACUUCCCUUCUGGCAGUGCCCGAGGCUCCCCUCUUCCCUCUGGCAGCGCUCGGGGCCCCCCACUCUCCUGGAGUCCCUUCUCAGGCUCCUAGACAAGCCUCUCCCCUGCCCAGCAGAAGCAUGGCCUCAGCCUUCAGCGAGAUGAUCAAGAGCGUGGUGCGGGAGCUGGACCCUCGCAAGGAGCUGACCCCUGUGGACAGCUUGGGGAGCUCGGCCAACUUCCAACCCUACCAGCUGGUGCUGAAAAGGCCUUCCAGCCGCUGGUUCGGCCAGGCCCGCUACAGCCACCUCAACCUGCACAUCAUGGACAUCCUGGAGAGCUGCGGCCCUGACAGCCUCAUGCCUCCAGCCCCUCAGCAGGUCAGCAUGUUCCACUUCCUGGACGUGGUGGACGGAGAGCUGCAGGGCAGCGUGGAGCUGUCACCGGGUGGCCAGGGGAUGCUCAGGGCCGGGGCCUCGGUGUCGGGCAGCAACAGCACCUCCGUGCAUGUGGCCAAGCUGCAAGUGGACCCCAAUGUCUGGACGUCUCUGCAGCAGCAAACACGCCUGCGGAAGCCAGAACCCAAAGUUCUUCAGCAGCUGCGGCAGCACAAGGCAGAUGUGUACGUGGUGACAGAGGUGCUGCGGACGGAGAAGGAGACAGAAGCCACCCUGAUGCGCAAGCGAGAGGGCUCAGGCCAAUUCACACUGCCUGGAGCCCUGGGUCUACAGGGCAAGGGCCAAGGCCACAUGAACCGCAGGAAGAAGAUCACCAUCCCCUCAGGCAGUGUCCUGGCAUUCCACGUGGCCCUGCUUGUCAUCGACUCGAACUCAUGUAACUGGGAAGUCGUGCUGUUCCCGGAAAAAAAGCAGAAGACCUUCAAGCCAGCAGUCUUAGCCAUCGAGGGCUCAAAGAAAUUCCGUGCCCUGGAGGCGGAGGCGGAGGGCCAGACCGAGGGCCUGUGCACCCUGUCAAGAGAGCUGUGCCACCAAAUGUUGCAGGGCCUGCAUGCGGUGAUGCAGGAGGAAGAGACCUUGCAGGCCCUUGAGGACUCGCUGGAGCAGGGCAUGUGGUCAGGCUAUGUGGAGAAGCAGGACGGGCCCGUGGGCAGCAUCCUGGAGUGCCUGGUGACGUCCUCCAGGAAGCUCGAAGACGAACUGAUGGAACACACUUUCUACCUACUAGGAGCAUUAAAUGCUCUCACUGCAGCCCAGCGUGCCCUGCUGGCCCAGGAGCUGAAGGCCAGGACCCUAUUGGGACCACUAAGCCUGGUGCGGAGCCUUCUGAAGCAAACAGCCCCAUGGGACCAGUGCAGGGAGGUGACUCUCCACCCAGGCCCCCCGGGGAAUGGCUUGGGACCCGCCUGGGUCCUACUGGAACAUUGCGGCCUGGAAGUGCAGGCGGACAAGUCCCAAGUGCGCUGGGUGCCCGAGGCCCUGGAGCCCACCCAUGCCCUCUAUGCCUGUCUAGUGCUGCUGGCAAAGCUCAGCGAGGACCUCUAG